AUGACUACUACAACAUCUAAAACAAUAGAUGAAUGUGUUAUUUGUAGAGAAGAAUCUACAAAAUUAUAUCAAUGUUGUUCGAAUGAGGCUGAUCAAAUUUGUGAAUUAUGUUGGUCAAAACUUAUUUCAUCAGCUAUGACAAGUGGUAAAAUAGGUUUAUUAUUUAAUGAAAAAUUAUCUUGUGUUUGUUGUUCUGAACCAAUUAAACGUGAAUGUCUUCCAAAAGAAAUUCAAACUCGUAUUAAUAGUAUACUUUCAACAGUACCAAAUACAAAAAAUCCUAAAACUAUUGAAGAAUUUAAUUACACAUAUAAUAAAUCAAAUGAAUUACGUCAUUGUUUAACAAAUGAAAAAUUUAUUUUUCUUACACAACGUCAUUAUAAUUUACUUGGUAGUUGUAUAGAUACAUAUAUUCAAUCAUUAAUAAAAUCUGAUCCAUGGAAUUAUGAAGAAAUAUGGUUACCAAUUAAAGAUGAAUCUACAAAUGAUCAUCAUGAUCAAGUUAAUAUAUUUAUUUCAAAUGACUUUAAAACAAAUGAAAAUGGAUGUUUAAUAUUAAUUCAAGGUUCAGGUGUUGUACGUCCAGGACAAUGGGCACGUUCAUGUUGUAUUAAUGAAUCUCUCGAUAUAGGAAGUAUGUUUCCUUACAUGGCUAAAGCUAAAGAACAUAAUUUAUCUGUAAUAAUUCUUAAUCCAAAUCAAACAAGUUAUGUUGUUGUUGACAAACCAAUCGAUACUGAAGAUGCAGCGUCUAUUAACAAGGAAGAAAAUGCUGCCGGCGAAGGUACAAAUUCUACUAAUGAAAAACAGGAUACUACAGUUGUAAAUACAACUUCUACUGAUACAAAAGACAAUUCUACUGAUGAACAAAUCCUUUCUACUAGUGAAAAUAAAGACAAAAAAGAAGAAAAUUGUGAUAGUGAUGAUAUUCUUUCAUUUUAUUUAUCUUCCGAUCCACUUCCUCGUCCAUUAACAAAAAAAAUUUCAAAUUUAUCAACAAGUCGUGAACAUGUUCUUUAUGUUUACGAUCAAAUUAUAACAAAAUCUCCAGCAAAAAAAUUUUAUAUUGUUGCACAUUCUGCAGGUGGUGAUUGUUUAAUGUAUUUAUUACGUAAACGUCAAGAUAAGAUUUUACCAAAUCUUGCUAAAAUAGCUUUUACUGAUUCAGUUCAUUCAUUAUUACCAUUAGAUUCAAAUGAAAUUAAAAAUUUUUUUAAAGCUAAUGCUAUACAUUUUGUUGCUAGUGAUGAACCAAUGGGUAAAUUAAUUGAUUAUGUAUAUGAUUUUUCUCGACGGCCAGCUUGCCAAGAAGUAUCAGCUGGACAUCCAAAACAUGAAUAUACAUCAGGAUAUAGUGUUCAAGGAGUUUUUCAAUUUUUUUUUCCUUCAGAUAAAACUCAAGACGAAGAUAUAGAAAGAAUAAAAUUAUAA